CAUGUUGCUCGCAAUGCUUCAGGAGAUAUAGUGAAGUUGACAGGAGAAGUCACAUGCAACGUUAAAUUCAUGGGACAUAAGUUCACCGAUGUCUGUUAUCUUACAAAUCGGCACGAUUUAGAUUUAUUAGGAUUAGACUGGAUUGAGAAGGUUGAUACCUUGAAUAAAUUAUUAAAUGAGGUAUGUUCUCAAAAUGCUUCCUUUGAGUCUAUCAAAAUUCCUGAUGAUAUUUCUAAAUCAAAUGCCUCCGAUGUAUCAUGUUCUCUUUAUAUUCAUGAAUUAAAUGCUUCUGAUGAAACAUGUUCUCAUAAUCUUUCUGAAUCAAAUGCUUCAAUGUAAUGUGUUCUCUUGAUGAUGUUAAAUCAAAUUCCUCCGAUGUAACAUGUCCUCACAAUGAUUCCAAAUCAAAUACCUCAGACAAAGUAUGCUCGCGUAAAACUUCAGAACCUCACGUAAUUUGUGCCAAUGUUAUGUCCACACCAAAGUCUUCUGUUCCUUUUCAAAUGCCGAAGAUAUCUCCAAAGAAACCUUGGUCGUGUGUACAAAUUAAUUUUGCUGGCCCAUUUCAGGGUACAUAUUUCCUCAUUUGUGUCGAUGCUUACUCAAAAUGGCCGGAGAUUAUCCCUAUGAACCAGGUCACUUCGCAAGACACUAUUAUGGAAUUACGGCAGUUAUUCUCCCGUUUUGGAGUCCCAAAUAUCCUUGUGUCGGAUAACGGCACUCAGUUUACUUCGUCCAUCUUCUCAGAUUUCUGCAAGAGAUUUGGAGUCAAUCAUGUUCGUUCACCUCCAUAUCAUCCACAAUCGAAUGGUCAAGCCGAAAGGUUUGUGGAUACCUUCAAGAGAGCGCUACUGAAGGCAAAAGGGGAGGGGAAGAUAAAGGAAAUUCUUAAUGAUUUUCUAUUUGUCUACAGAACAACUCCAAACCCGUCAGCACCAAAUCAAAUGUCUCCAGCAGAAAUUAUGUUUGGCAGAAAAGUUAAAACUGCUCUCGAUGCAAUAAAACCAGAGCGAAAUCUCAUAGGAACGAGAAACCGAAAGAUGGAAAUCCAAUUUAAUCGCCAUCAUGGGGCGAAAAAUAGAAUCUUCCGAAACAACCAAACAGUAUACGUCCGUGAUUUCAGAUACUCACCUCCACAAUGGACCAGUGGACGCAUACUUAAGAGACGGGGAAAUGUAAUGUAUGUGGUGGAAGUUGAAGGUCAAAAGUGGACACGUCAUGUUAACCACAUACUGGAAAAUUCUGGUACUGCACAGAAAACCGAGAAACUGAGUUCAAUGUGGCAAAUCUUCUUGGACAGUUUCGAUAUUAAAAGUUCAACGACUCACAAAACUGUGCAACCGGAACAAGAUCCUAUUAGGAGAUCGUUACGAAAACGUAGAAGACCAGAUAUUCUACAAGUGGACCCAAAGAAAAGAGUAUACGUUUCUGAGGGGAGAUAUCAAUGAUGAUAUCUUAACUAUUACUUGUAAAUAGUGACUAAUCAUUUUCUUUUUUUAUAUAUUCCAGUUGGUCAAAUUAGUCACGCUUACACGGAUCGCAACGUAAACCGGUUUCACUUAUGCACUCAGUUGAAUGGCAGUUACAACAUUUUUUUGUCAAGGGGGAAGAUGAUGUGAACCGGGAAACAAGAAGCCCUGACAAACUACGAAGGCUAUUUUUCGGGACGUUAUUUCAUUUUAUUCAAAGCUUGUAAAACACUGACAUUUAUUUUUGUCCCUAAUCUAUUCUACAGAACAUAAGCUUUCGUUCGAUGUAUCAUUCACUGCCAUACCUUUUUCUGUUCCGAAGCUAUUGUAAUUUAAACAUAUUAUUUUGCACCCUAUUUUCUACUCUAAUUCCCAGCUUUGGACAUAAUUGUAUUUUUCCUAAUUAUUGUACGUUGCGGUCGGGUUAUUCACUUAUUUAUUCAUGUACCUUUUUACACUAAUCUGAAUUCAGUGAAUCCAGUGAGUUCAGUGGUCAGGGAAAUAGAUCGAGUAGUGUUCCAGUUGUCUUGUCUUCUCUCAUUCGUGUGCUUGCCCACCAAUCAGGUGACAGAAUAGUUUUCUUCUCUCUACCCCAUCUCGAACUCACGCGUACUAGUCUCAAGGUUAAGCCGAUCAGCCUAUCGCAUCAAGGUCGAAAUCUAGAUUAGACAAGUAUCCUCGGCACCAAAAAGUGGGUAGACAAAUCAAGGUCAUAACAAAGUGGCGACGGAGAUAUUUUUUCUAUAUUGAUUGAUCCAGAACAAAAUGUCUGUAUCCUUGGACGACCUUAAAACUAUUCUACAAAUUCAGCAAGCGCAAAAUGAUGCAAAUCAAAUGAAGCUUUUAGAUGCACUGAUGCAGAAGCUGUCAUUACAUUCAUCCACAACUUAUCAAUCAGAUAAGUAUGAAUGCAUCACGAAUUCUAUUUGUGAAUUCCAUUAUGAUCCUGAAUGUGGUAUCAUUUUCAAUUCCUGGUUUCACCGUUGCGAAGACAUAUUCCGUGUGGAAUGCUCAAAUCUUGAUGACGCAGCUAAAGUUCGCCUACUCCUGAGAAGACUCGGAACACGUGAAUACAACAAAUAUGUGUAUUUCAUCCUGCCACGAAAUCCACGAGAUGUAUCUUUCAAAGAGACAGUCCAAAUUUUAUCUGACAUUUUCGGCGAACAAUCUUCAUUAUUUAAUACUCGCUAUCGAUGUUUCCAAAUAUCGAAAUCCCCAGAUGAUGAUUAUCUCACAUAUGCUGGUAAAGUAAAUCGAGAAUGCGAACUGUUCAAAAUAAACGAGAUUUCAGCUGACCAAUUCAAAUGCUUGAUUUUUAUAUGUGGUUUAAAGAAUGCAGAAGAUGCAGAUAUCCGUACCAGGAUGUUAGCACGCAUUGAACAGGAACCGAAUAUGACACUACAAAUGGUCACAACCGAGUGUCAGAGGUUGAUAAAUCUCAAGCAUGAUACCGCGAUGGUGCAGCAGAAGGCUAAACCUUCCGAUUUUGGUUCAAUUAAUGCUCUCAGAUCCUCGACAUCGUUCAAACAGAACACUACAAGCACACAACUACCUUCUGUCAAACCCCCAUCACCAUGUUGGUUCUGCGGAGCAUGGCAUUUUGCGAAACUAUGUCCGUUCAAGAAUCACAAAUGCCGCAAAUGUCAUCGCAUUGGUCAUAAAGAAGGUCAUUGCUCAUCGAAUAAACGUAAGUCUAAAUGUCGUAGUGGAAAUGCGAAGCAACCACCACAGAGUCAAAUUAAAAGCACGUUCGCAGCCUUCAAAGUUGGUUUUCAAAGUAAGCGGAAGUACGUAAACUUAUUAGUAAAUGAAAAACCCAUACGUCUUCAAUUGGACACUGCUUCUGAUGUUACACUGAUUUCCAAAAACACAUGGCGUAAUCUGGGAUAUCCACGCAUCCGACCAACAGAACAUGUUGCUCGCAAUGCUUCAGGAGAUAUAGUGAAGUUGACAGGAGAAGUCACAUGCAACGUUGAAUUCAUGGGACAUAAGUUCACCGAUGUCUGUCAUCUUACAAAUCGGCACGAUUUAGAUUUAUUAGGAUUAGACUGGAUUGAGAAGGUUGAUACCUUGAAUAAAUUAUUAAAUGAGGUAUGUUCUCAAAAUGCUUCCUUUGAGUCUAUCAAAAUUCCUGAUGAUAUUUCUAAAUCAAAUGCCUCCGAUGUAUCAUGUUCUCUUUAUAUUCAUGAAUUAAAUGCUUCUGAUGAAACAUGUUCUCAUAAUCUUUCUGAAUCAAAUGCUUCAAAUGUAAUGUGUUCUCUUGAUGAUGUUAAAUCAAAUUCCUCCGAUGUAACAUGUCCUCACAAUGAUUCCAAAUCAAAUACCUCAGACAAAGUAUGCUCGCGUAAAACUUCAGAACCUCAUGUAAUUUGUGCCAGUGUUAUGUCCACAACAAAGUCUUCUGUUCCUUUUCAAAUGCCGAAGAUAUCUCCAAAGAAACCUUGGUCGUGUGUACAAAUUAAUUUUGCUGGCCCAUUUCAGGGUACAUAUUUCCUCAUUUGUGUCGAUGCUUACUCAAAAUGGCCGGAGAUUAUCCCUAUGAACCAGGUCACUUCGCAAGACACUAUUAUGGAAUUACGGCAGUUAUUCUCCCGUUUUGGAGUCCCAAAUAUCCUUGUGUCGGAUAACGGCACUCAGUUUACUUCGUCCAUCUUCUCAGAUUUCUGCAAGAGAUUUGGAGUCAAUCAUGUUCGUUCACCUCCAUAUCAUCCACAAUCGAAUGGUCAAGCCGAAAGGUUUGUGGAUACCUUCAAGAGAGCGCUACUGAAGGCAAAAGGGGAGGGGAAGAUAAAGGAAAUUCUUAAUGAUUUUCUAUUUGUCUACAGAACAACUCCAAACCCGUCAGCACUAAAUCAAAUGUCUCCAGCAGAAAUUAUGUUUGGCAGAAAAGUUAAAACUGCUCUCGAUGCAAUAAAACCAGAGCGAAAUCUCAUAGGAACGAGAAACCGAAAGAUGGUAAUCCAAUUUAAUCGCCAUCAUGGGGCGAAAAAUAGAAUCUUCCGAAACAACCAAACAGUAUACGUCCGUGAUUUCAGAUACUCACCUCCACAAUGGACCAGUGGACGCAUACUUAAGAGACGAGGAAAUGUAGUGUAUGUGGUGGAAGUUGAAGGUCAAAAGUGGACACGUCAUGUUAACCACAUACUGGAAAAUUCUGGCACUGCACAGAAAACCAAGAAACUGAGUUCAAUGUGGCAAAUCUUCUUGGACAGUUUCGAUAUUAAAAGUUCAACGACUCACAAAACUGUGCAUCCGGAACAAGAUCCUAUUAGGAGAUCGUUACGAAAACGUAGAAGACCAGAUAUUCUACAAGUGGACCCAAAGAAAAGAGCAUACGUUUCUGAGGGGAGAUAUCAAUGAUGAUAUCUUAACUAUUACUUGUAAAUAGUGGCUAAUCAUUUUCUUUUUUUAUUUAUUCCAGUUGGUCAAAUUAGUCACGCUUACACGGAUCGCAACGUAAACCGGUUUCACUUAUGCACUCAGUUGAAUGGCAGUUAUAACACUUUUUUUGUCAAGGGGGAAGAUGAUGUGAACCGGGAAACAAGAAGCCCUGACAAACUACGAAGGCUAUUUUUCGGGACGUUAUUUCAUUUUAUUCAAAGCUUGUAAAACACUGAAAUUUAUUUUUGUCCCUAAUCUAUUCUACAGAACAUAAGCUUUCGUUCGAAGUAUCAUUCACUGCCAUACCUUUUUCUGUUCCGAAGCUAUUGUAAUUUAAACAUAUUAUUUUGCACCCUAUUUUCUACU